CGAUCAAAUAUUAGAGGCUUUGUGGUCGCUCUUGUCUUCACCUCGGCUCUUGGCAACUUUGCCCUCAAACAGAAAUCUCACGGCUGCAGCAGCCAAUCAGCUUCGGCCACAGAGCAUCUGCCACGGGGACGAGAGGAUAUCAAAUGUCCAACCCAAUACACAGGAGCUUGUUUCACUGGGACCACGCUGCCAUUUGGUACAGAGACGUGAUCCUGGACCUGUUGUUUGUAUCUGUUUACUUUGGUCUGGGUGGUGAUUGUAUAAAUAGAGAGGUUAGUCACCAUAUGAUACAGAGAGAGUCUCAUCAUCAGUUCACAUUAAGAAGAAUCUGAAUCAACCUGCUUCUCUGUCUGAGUAGAAAUACACUAUUAUGUUCCAUUGUUUACCAAAUAGCUCAGAUGUGUACAUGACAACGUGACUCAGGUUCCAUUACAUUCAGAUUCAGAUGGUUUGUAUCGUGUGAAAGACUGAACUUCAUCUUUCCUAGUUUUUAAUUUAACACUGGCAUCAAGAGUUUUAGGAUCUGGACUGAAGAGCAGGGGUUUUAAAUUUCAGAUUUAUGUUAGAUCAGGUACCUUAACACGUUUAUAAAUAAAGAUUAAACUGAUGUGAUGAAACCUGUGGCCCAGCGGGAACCUGAUUGAAGUGUUUUUAAGCGUAUAGAAUGAGCAGCUUGACAAGAAGCUAAUCAACACAAUCUCAUUUCAAUAAAGGACGGGAAAUGAUGACACACAAAAAUCUCAAAUCAAAGAUAAAAUAGUACAACGUCAUUUAAAGGUAAUUCCUAAAGAAAAGGAUAAAUAAAAGUGCUGUGACAACAAAAAACAAUCAAGAACCUGGUGGUUUAAUGCCCUGUGCUAGGAAGGUCCUGACCUCUCAUGUAAAGGGCCUUGAGAAAAUUUAUAUUAUGAUUUGGGGCUAUACAAAUCAAAUAGAAUUGAAUGAAGCAGCUCAACAGAAGAGCUUCAGUGAGUCUGAAGGGGCUGAACUCGAAGUGCAGCAACACUUUGUGCUUCAUCCAAAAACAACAGUAUUCACAUGUCAGAACAGAUGUCGUGUCGCUGAGUGAUUGAACCCGACAGUUCCCGUCAUGGCCGGAUGAUAAUGAGCUUUUUAAUCUUUGCUCUGUCUCAUCACACACACACUGUACACGUACAUUACACUCUCCGCUAACCGGCCUGGAGGCUUAUUACAAAUAUUCUUUCAAACCGCUCUCUUCAAACAGCAUCAUUGAAAACGCCUCCAGAGAAGAGAACUAUUUAUAAGUCAGAUGUGAUCUCCUGAGUGUUUGUCAGACAGCUGGUUGCAGGAGGCUGUGCACGUUCUCAUCACCUUUCACCGAAGUUUCCCUCCGCACGAGGUUGUAGGAACCAUCUCGCUCUCUCUGCGUCCACGACCUUUCCCCUCUGCCCUGACAGGAGACGAAUAUUUAAGUUGACCUGAGUGCAAAGAUGUCGAAGGCUCCAGACGCUCGCGCUCAGUCCCGCUCCAGAUCCAAGUCCAGAUCCAGAUCCUACUCCAGGUCUCGCUCCAGGAGCCACUCCCGCUCAAGAUCCAGGAAACGUCGCUACAGCUCCAGGUCUCGGUCCCGCUCUCGUUCUCACACUCCCUCCUACAGAAACUAUCCUAGCAGGGACUAUCAGAACAACAGAGGCGGCUUCAGAGGCUACAACCGCGGCUACAGGCGGCCGUUCCACUACAGACCCAGAAACCGCGGCUACUACAAUCGUGGUCACUACCAGAACCGAGGAGGCGGUGGCUACAACCAUAAAUCCAACUGGCAGGGUGGUGGUGGUGGUGGUGGAGGCGGCGGCGGAGGCUGGCACGAGCGCCACCACGACCAGGACCACCACUCGCACAGUCCCAGGAGGGGGCGCUCCCGCUCCCGCACACCCAAGAAGCGCUCUGGCAGCCGGAGCCGCUCUCACUACUCCGAGCGCUCGUCGUCGGGGAAAUCUCAGCGCUCCAGGCACUCUAGUGAAUCCUCUCGGUCCAGGUCCUCCAGCCCGCGCCAUCGCAGCGGCAAGAGCAAGCGUGGCCCCAAGGAAGCCAAAGACAAGCCCGCAGAAAGUCCUCCAGAGAAACCAGGUCACGCCGCGGAUGGCAGCGCUAUCGAGAAGGCAUCCGGGGGGAAAUGGAUCGACUAUGACACCAGCCCCAAACGUGCUAACCUGAAGAAGGAGGACGCUCUCAGUGGCUCUGAGACGAAGGGACCCAGCAGCAGUGGUCCUCUGUGGAAAACCAUCGGGGGCGAGACCCCUCCCCCCAAGAGCCCCAGCAAGUCCGAACAAACCGCCUCCUUCGGCGGCUUCGGGUUCUUCUCGAAUGAAGAAGUCAAAUCUGGAGAUAAGACUGUGAUCUCUGCUGCCUUCAAAAAGUUCUUGAAUGAGAAUAAAAACAAACAGGCCGCUGAAAAGGAGAACGGUCGUGAGAAGGAGCAGAGCAGUGAAGACAGAGACCUGGAGAAAGGAAACAAGCCCGGAGACCUCUUCAGCAUGUCCUCCUCUUUCGCCAAGGAGGAAAAGACACGUCCCUUCUUUGAUGCUGGAGAAGAGGAGUUCCUCAAGUCUCACGGCCUGAAGGACCACGACAUUGACGAGGACGGCGACAACAAACCAUCCCUGACGGCUCGCGACAUUUUCGGGAAGUGGGGGGACGAGCCGGUCUACACGACGUCCUACCCGUCCGUCAAGGAGAAAACCCGCAGGGACGAAGAAGAGCUUGAGCCCGUCGAUCACAUGGAGGAGGAUAUGUACCGGAGCCGCAAGCACAGCUCGAAGAAGGAGGAGAAGUCCAAGAAGAAGGAGAAGAAGGAGAAGCCCCGGAGGAGUCCGUCCCCUGCCACGUCGAUGUCUCGAGAGAAAGAGCGCCCCCUCUUUCCUGGAGCGUUCCCUCCUCGUGAGGACUCUCCUGUACGUCUGUCAUGUUCCAGGGAGGAGUUUGAGCUCAAAUUCGGUUCUUCAGAUGAGCUGCCCAGUGUUCCUCACUCCUUCUGUUCUCUCAGCUCCUCCUCGUCUAAAGAUCGUCUCGUGCCCCGGGAUCUGCUGAAUGUCUCCAAGAAGGAUCCGGAGUUUCGUUCCACCUUCCAGCACAUUCAGGCCGCCCAGCUCCGCCGCAGCCCCUCAGAGCUGUUUGCUCAGCACAUAGUCUCAAUCGUGCACUAUAUCAAAGCUCAACACUUCCACUCGUCAGACAUGACUUUGAGUGAGCGGUUUGCCAUGUACCAAAGAAAAGCUGCAGAGGUAGAAAUGAUGAAGCCAAGAAAGAGCCCAGAAAUCCACAGGAGAAUCGAUGUUUCCCCCAGUGCCUUUAAGAGGCACUCUCACCUGUUUGAGGAUAUGGAGGAGGCGAGCUACAAGGAUCCGACUAAAAAGUUCAAAGGUGAUGUGAUGGACCUGCGGCUGGAUAUUGAAAGACGCAAGAAGUUUGCGGUGAAAGGAGCCAGGAGCCCCGGAGACUCCCGAGGGCCCAGCAGAGAAAAGUCCUCUGAGAAAUCUGGGAAACACCACAAAAAGUCCAAGAAGGGAAAGAAGAAGCGUGAUCGCUCCCCGUCCUCCUCUUCCUCCUCGUCCUCUCCGUCCCCUUACCCUUCACAUUUCAGAGGUAAACCCUACAUGGGCGAGGGGAUGGAGCAGUCGGAGGAGGGCUACCCUCACCCACGUUAUCCCCCAAGAGACUGCGGGGGACCUGGGGAAAGAGGCCCCCGGGAAUACGAGGGCCACCCCCCCGAGAGAGGCCGAGGUCGUGGAUUUUUCCCCAGAGUGAGAGGACGAGGUUGGAACAGGGGAAACUAUCCCGGCAACAACGGCAAUGUAAAUCCUGCUAAUAUGAAUCCUGCAGUGCGCCCCCCCGAGGAGGAGUGGGACCCUGAGUAUACGCCCAAGAGCAGGAAGUAUUACCUGGUGAGCACCUGCAGCAAACGAGACAUGAAGACGCCACCUACAGGUUUAGAAAAUAACCACUGCACGAUGACAGAGACGGAGAGAAAACCUGGAUCGAUAACCGCGGGAGGGGGCGGGGCUCCUUCCCGGCUCGCCGCGGCCGCUUCGUCUACCGGAAGGGAGGCAGCAGCCCGAAGUGGACGCACGACAUGUUCCAGGGAGGAGAGGAGCGGGACAUGGGAGACGACUGCGUAGAAGUGGACCACAAAGACCUGAAGGGCGGUGGCGGGGGUGGUGGCGGUGGUGGGGGCGAGGGCCCCCCCGGCCUGAAGCAGUGACCUGCUCCGCUCCCUCCUCCCACUUUUAUCACCGUGUCAGAGUCGUGGUGACGGGGUUGUUCUUUCUUUGUUUCUCCCCUCCAAGUCAUCUCAUGGUUUAACGGUUAAAAUGUGUUUUUUAGUUUGAGUGAAACCUUGUUACUGACUUGAAACGGAAAGCAGUGCUCUGUUUGCGCGGCUGUUUCCAGACAUGAACCAGACCCAAUGUUUUCCGGACAUCUUCCAGGAGAGUUUGCCUUUUGUGAGAUCGUCUGGUGAAGUGAGAAGGAAAUGUUCAGAGCAACCGACUCGGACAUUUGUGGUCUCUCCGUGAACUCCGAGGAAAAUGUCCGGACUUCAUUGUGCGUCUGAAAACAGCUUCUGUAAAGAUGAGUGUGUGUUUCUUCUUCUUUUUCUUUUUUUUUUUUACGUGACAGUGAGUUUAAUCGGUUUCCUUUUGCUGCUGUGUCUUUGUAACAGAGCGAUUUACCGAGGCCACCGAGUUUAAAUAAGAAAGGAGUUUUGUGCCUUAGAAUAAAAAAAUACUGUGCUCAUGUGAUCUGUUUAAAAGGUACAGGAAGGCAUUCUGGUUGUUUUUGUUUUUCUUCCUUUGGGGCCCGUGAUAAAUCUUUGCCGUGGCUUCAUGAUGUGUUUUGAUUCGUUCCCGCUCCAUGGGACCAAUCAGUGGCGGGAACCUGACCCGUGAUUCAUCAUCGACACACGAUCACACAACGUGACCGUUUCUCUGUUAAACCCCCGGACCGUUGAUGUUAGUCACUGUUCUCUGAGCUGUUUCACUUCACCUUGAUUCCCCUCAUUAGGAGGUGAAGACAUUUUAUAUGUGUUAUACAUUAUAUUCUCAUCGAUUUGUGAUUUCAGUAAAAAAACAAAACAACUAAUACAUUUAAAAGAAUUGGCACAAAAAAGAAAAUCUCCUGAUUUGCUGUAGACACGUUAGGUUUUCCUGCCUCUGUGAUAUCAAUGUAGGUGAGUGGCUACGUUUGUUUAGACUUUUAAUAAAAAAGAAAUAGUACGUGUAUAGAAUUAUACGACAUAAGUUAUUCUUAUCGUAACGUCUGAGGGAGGAAAAACCACAUUCUUUAAAAUACCAACUGCAUCGAGUCGCUCGUAACAAAGACCUGCAGUGGAAACUUUGUGCUGAACCUGAAUACGUGAAGAGAAACCUGAAAAUCUGUGACACGACAUUUUUUCAAGUAGCAAAAAUACAAACCUGUUCAUUUGAAGCAUCGACAGGAGCUAGAAGUACUUUUUGUGGAUCCCACUUCGUCGUCUCACUUUUGACUGUACAUAGUGCAUGUACUAAACACAACUGUAGGACUGUUCCAUUUGUUUUUUUUUUGUUUAAUCAAAAGUUCAAGACUUUUUUUACUGUUCUCAAGAGCUUUGAAUUACUUGUCUAAUAAAUUCUUUGAUUCAGGGCAAA